UUUAAUUACUAGUUUUAUUUUCUAGUAGCUGUUAGUUUAAAAUUCUAUUUAAAACUAAAAAAUUCAAAAAGAGUAAUUUAUAUGCAGUGCUAUGAAACUUGCCUAUGACAUUUCUCUACAAAUUUCUUCACAACCCUAUUAAAAAUAUAAUUUUGUGCUCCGUGUAAGCUGCCAAAACGGUAGCGCCAAAAAUGAACUGUAAGUUUUUUUAGAGGACAUUCUUGACCGCUCCGUAGAAUUCCCGUAAAAUUAAAAUGUGCCGACGUGCGGUGCGCGAAUGGCUGGUCCUUCUUACAAUGGAGAAGUAUAUUGGCAAGUUCCUGGAACGGGGCUACGACAGCAUCGCCAGCUGCAAGCAAAUCCUGCUUAGCGAUCUGGUUGUGCUUGGCGUGGAGGAUGCCUCUCACCGGAAGCUUCUUCUGGCAGGUGUUCAAUUCUUGAUAAACUCCCCAGAACGCUUUAUCUGCCUGGAGCCGUGCGAGCUGCACAACCUCACGGAUGCGAAGAUUGAGGCGGUGUCUGCUCCGAUACCGGAACUCGAGUCUGUCAGCAAAAGCCCCGACUUUGAUUUUUUCGACACUAACACGGGCGAGAGGGAACGCGAUGUCCUGCUACCGCUGCCAAAGCCAGCUUCCACUUUUAAGAAGUCCGGUAUUCCAGUAUUUUCAAAGUCAACUUUUUAUUCGAAAGAUGAGGAGCCAUUGAUGCCGACCCUUGAUGCGAAAAUUACAGCGGCGGUCAAGGAAAAGAUGAUUAACCUCACCUGUCCCCAACUGCUAUAUCGCCACAUGCCGGACGUGGAUCCUAUAACCUACACAAACGAUGACAUUACCUAUCAGAACGAAGUGGCAGACGCAGAUUGCACCAUCACAGAGGAUGAUCCGGACUUGAUAAUCCUUGAUUAAAAUACAAAUGUUUUAUGGUUAUAGAAACUGUUUGUGCCUUGAAGUGCAUGUAAAUUAUAAAGGAACAAUGACAGUCGGUUAAAAAGGAAACAAUUUUAAAUUACA